GGCGACAUGGCCUGCUCCAUCUCCAUUCUUUCCUCAAACCUCUUCCCGACAAAUAUAUCAUUAUACAUAUCUACUCCGCCACGACCCGCCACACCACCUAUAUUACGACACCAUGCGCAUCCCAUCUACGACCCCUCAGCUACAAGUCAACACCUUCACACACCCUCCUCCUUGGGGUGCUUACAUCACCUAUCCUCCAGGCGCUGUAGUAACCUACCUUGCGACAAUCUGGAGGUGCGAAAGCUCUCAUACGAGUUGGGAAGAGCCGGCCGGAGUUCCAUCCUCUAAUCUUGCCUUCUGGACCCCCAUAGGUGUACUUGGAUCGAAUGUUUCUACAUCUGCCCAACAAAGUUCGCCACCACCUUACUCUCAGUCAUUGAAUGCUCAAUCCGAAAAGGUCCCACCUUAUCAGACCUUUAUGGAAUCGUCGCCUUCACAUAAUGUCGGCAGCGAGAAACCUGGCUUUGAUCCCGGACAUUCUGGAAGCUUCAGUUACCUUUCGGACAAGGCUGGAGAUCCGUUCAGGACUCCCGUCAUCAGCGAGGAAGAGAAUGAAUCCAAACACGAGGAUAACUUGAAGGAUGAAGUACGGGGCAAAAGGUUCUGGAGGGUUGGUGGCCUCGGUAUCUGGGCGUAUGGCCUAGAUACAAAGGAGGAAAGCAUUAGGGAGAGGCUGUGGAGAGAGUGGUCUGAUAAACACAAUGGGGACGAUUGGAUAAAAAUCUCUAGAAAAAGGACAAAAUUUUACAACGAGAGUGGCGGUCGCCAUGUGCGGCCGUUGUUCACUUGGAAGCUUGUCGAAAAGGGGCAGCGUCUUCCCGUCGAUGCUUUGCCUAUCGGCAACGAGCAAGACGGUGCGGUGCUCUACGCCGCCCGGGCUUGGCAUCAAGGAGGAGUGCAUCUUGGAAAGGCUGGUCAUCAUCUUCAUAAAGGCGCUUCCAUCCCAUACGGAGGAGGCGAAAUCUCUUUCGACACAUUUGAAGUCUUUUGUGGACCAAUCAAUGAACCGCACCUGGUCAAAUGGAUGACAUUCCCUCAUGGCCAGAUAGCCCACGUACAGGGAUGGCAACCGGUUGAGGGAGGCCGAGAAAAGGAUGGAAGAGCGUUGUUAUUGGCCAAAGGCUUCUAUGACAAUGGACAACAUCCGGGGAAAAUUAUAGUGCAGGAUGAUCACGCUUGCGUUGGGUAUGGCGGCGGGGAGGUCUGGAUUCGACCUUAUCAGAUUCUGGCCUAUGCCAAUCCUCACCGUCGUUAAUUUGUUCGACUUGAUGGAUGUUUAGGAUCUUCGAUAAGGACAGCUGAGAUUGGUUCGUUUUGGAGUCUGAUAUUAACAUGUAGAGAUCUACGCACGCCACCCUCAUCAUGAAUAACAACGGAGUUGGUCGUUUUUUGUUACAGUUGCUACCGUGGAGAACGUCUUCUGCCUCCAUUCUCCUAAAGACGGCAACAUCCUCAAAGGCAUGAAAUGUGAUAGGAAGGAUCUUGGGAGCAGGUCCCUUUGGAAUUAUGCUAUCAAAGGUGGAUAAUACAAGGCAUGUGAAUUGGAGGCCAGA